GUAUUUAAGAGCUGUCCGUGCUCUUGAAAUGUUGUGGCUUCAGUCUGGCAAAGAGGAAGAAGAAGAGAGGAUCACUCCGCUGCAGCUAGAAAUCAGCAUCAUCUCCACAAUGAAGACUUUGCCAGUAAUUGUGAUUGUUUGUGUGGUGAUGACUCUGACUGGAGCUGAUGCAAAGAGCCAACUGAUCAAGAGGUCCACACAUUGCCCUGGUUGGUCUGAGUACAAUGGACGCUGUUUCAUCUUCAUUCCUACCCACAUGACUUGGGCUAGAGCUGAGAGAAACUGUCAGUCCCUGGGUGGAAACCUUACAUCGGUCCGUGAUGUCUUUGAGUACCAUGCGAUCCAGAAGGUGAUAUGGAGUAGCACUCAUGCGUAUCCACCCACAUGGAUUGGAGGCAGUGAUGCCCAAGAGAAGGAUUUCUGGCAGUGGAAUGAUGGGACGCCUUUCUACUAUUCCAAGUGGUGUCCUGGAGAGCCCAAUAACCAGGGGACGAUCUGGGGUCAACAGAACUGCAUACAAAUGAAUUUUGGAGAUUACAAGUGUUGGGAUGAUGAGAAGUGUUAUAUACACCUUUCAUCUGUCUGCGCCAAGAAAAUACAAUGAAUCCUGAAACAGAAGAACAGAAGGACGUGUGCUGAUGUUUGUGUUUUUAUGCUCUUAUUUCUUAAGCUAAUCACUCUGGAGCCUCUUUAUAUUUCUUCUAUCGCUGUAACGCAACAAAAGGAGUGAAGCGACAAGUCAAAUCAACAGGAGCUGGAUCGUCUCAGAGGCUUUGUGCCUUUUAAUAAGAACAGACUGAAUGUGUUAUGAAAAGAACACUGUUAUCAAAAUUUCCUUCUGCACAAUGAACUCAUAUUUAAUUAUUUAUGCAAAAUUAAAAGCCUAAAGAAAUGAAAGUGUA